AUUAUGCCACCCUCUAUUUUCUCGGGUCUUUCCAAUUAGUUGACCCGAAAAUCUCUUCUUUUUUUUUUCUUCCAAAUUUAAUCCUUUUCAAAGAUUCUUCCUUCAAAUCCAUAUAUAUAUAUAUAUAUAUUUAUAUCUAUAAUAUCAAUAUAUGUAUAUGUCAGUGUUGAUUAAUUAAAUAAUAAUGGCGUCAUCGGCGAUCAAACAUUCCGUCGACCACCACCACCACCGGCGGCCGGAAUGUUGUAAUCCGGUGAACAAAAAAGGACCAGUAACAAUAGAGCACGUGUUAUUAGCGUCACGAGAAACGAAAGAAGAACGUGAGUCACGGUUAAGAGGUUUAUUCAAUUUCUUCGAUACAUCAAAGACAGGGUAUAUAGAUUCGGCACAGAUUGAAAUAGGAUUAGCGGCGUUACAUAUACCGGCGUAUGCGAAAGAGUUGGUCAGGGUUUGUGAUGCAAAUAAAGAUGGAAGAGUUGAUUAUGAAGAGUUCAGGAAAUACAUGGAUCUCAAAGAGCUUGAAUUAUAUAGGAUUUUUCAAGAUAUUGAUGUUAAACACAACGGUUGUAUCUUGCCUGAAGAACUCUUUGAUGCUCUUCUUAAAGCUGGGAUAGAAAUUGAUGAUGAUGAACUAGCUAGCUUUGUGGAACGUGUUGAUAAAGAUAAUAAUGGAAUCAUAACUUAUGAAGAGUGGAGAGAUUUUCUUCUUCUAUAUCCUCACGAAGCAACUCUUGAAAACAUCUACCAAUACUGGGAAAGGGUUUAUCUUGUAGAUAUCGGAGAACAAGCAGUAAUCCCGGCGGGCAUUAAUAAACACGUUCACGCGAGCAAGUAUUUGAUAGCCGGUGGGGUUGCUGGGGCUGCUUCCCGGACAGCAACUGCACCUCUUGAUCGCCUCAAAGUGAUGCUUCAAGUUCAGACCUCUAAUGCUUCAAUUGCGUCUGCAAUUAAGACCGUGUGGAAAGAAGGCAGGGUUUUGUCAUUUUUUAGGGGUAAUGGAUUAAAUGUCGUUAAGGUUGCCCCUGAAAGUGCUAUAAAGUUUUACACUUAUGAAUUGCUGAAAAAUUUUAUUGGAGGGGAAGGGAAGGAUGAUAUUGGAACUUCUGGGCGGCUUAUUGCUGGUGGUCUGGCAGGUGCGGUUGCACAAACUGCUAUAUAUCCAAUGGAUCUGGUGAAGACUCGUUUGCAGACUUUUGUUUCAGGUCAUGGGAGGGUUCCUAGUUUGGGAAAGCUUUCGAAGGACAUAUGGGUUCAAGAGGGACCCCGUGCUUUCUAUAGAGGGAUUGUACCUUCCCUUUUUGGAAUUAUUCCUUAUGCCGGAAUUGAUUUAGCUGCUUAUGAGACUUUGAAGGAUAUGUCAAGAUCAUACAUUCUCGAGGACAAACCUGGUCCUUUGGUGCAAUUGGGAUGUGGGACGAUUUCGGGAGCACUUGGAGCCACCUUUGUAUACCCCCUACAAGUUGUCAGGACCAGGAUGCAAGCACAAACCCCUGGUGGAUCGACAGCUUACAAAGGGAUGUCUGAUGUGUUCAUGAAAACUUAUCAGAAAGAAGGUGCAAGAGGUUUCUACAAAGGACUUCUUCCAAAUCUUCUCAAAGUAGUACCAGCAGCUAGCAUUACAUAUUUGGUUUACGAAGCCAUGAAAAACACUUUAGAUCUUGAAUGAUUGUGCAUAAAAUUAUGGUAAUGCUGCUGAUGACAUGCUGACGAUGACGACAUAUAAGAAUAAAAAAUAAGAUACGGGUUGAUGAAGUAAUGACUACUGUUUGAGUUACAUAAUAGGUAUUAAUUUCCCGUUUGGAGAACAAGCGGGGUUUUGUAGCGAGAGGUUGCCUCCUGGUAUACUUUAUUCAUGAUUGUCUAUUUUAUGGGGACUAGAUAAUUGACCCAUGUAUACUUACACUAGGUCAUGCGCAAGUUGAAUGCAACUUGCUAAUUUUUUCUGAUAUCAAUACAUGUUGAAUUGUGAAAUAUUUGCAUUCUUGUAAUUGAUAUUCGUUGAGCUUAAUGAUAUCAAUGGGAUGAUCUGCAAUUGUUAGGAAAA